ACUGACGGCUCCAAGGUUGAUCUGCCCACGCCAAUACCCGAGGCAGCUGCACCGGUCCACUGAGACACGCAAGGCAUCGGCCCGGAAAUCAAAGUCUCAGCAGCGUCCGGUGUGGAUGCUGCCUCUCCACAGGCUAUGUCGGUUGACAGCCCCAUGCAUACGCCAAAGCCAUCCUCUCGCAGAGGCACAGUCCAGCCUAGUUUGGGCCCUUGCGGAGCUGUCUGUCGCUCAUGCCCAGCAGCUGCAAUCAGCCCAGUCAGUGCAGACACCAGCAAGUCCUGCCUCAGGACAGCAACAAGGUGCCGCCCUUCAUUGGCGGCUUUGGCUACACCGAGGUCACGCACCCACAGAUGAAGGAGGCGAUGAAAGAGAUUGUCGAUGCCGUCAUCAACUUUAAGAACGAGGACGGCUGAUACCAUCUCCGAACCGAUUUGAGGAGCUCCCUGAUAAGGACGAGUACCCAGAUUACUACGAGGUCAUCU